AUGUCGAACACUAGUAAGAGCUCCUGCAUUGCUGUGCAAGUCUCUAUAACCUCCGACCCAAGUAAUACCUCGCAUAACCCUUCGAAUGCUACUUCCUCCACUGAAGCUGAGCACCUCUCUACACGUCGUGUUCAACGCUACCUUGCCGACAACAACUCUCCCGUGCCAUACAUCUUGCCUACUAUUCCUGCCGACGGCAACCUCGACAGAAGUUCGACUGCUGUACAUACAAUGAGCGGGAAGUUGCAGCAGUUUGAUGCAAUAUUCUAUCUCAACGACAAGUUGGAAGACGAAGCUUUGGAAUCAGUAAUGUUCAUUCGAUCUGCAUUCGUCUCUUUUCAACUCGAAAAGCGAUUUUAG